UCAUUCGUUGAAGUGCUGGGUGGGGCUUACCAGUCUUUGGACAUUUCCUCCCGUAUCGGGUUUCUCCACAGCCCUGGCAUUUAAACCUGCUGUAGCAGGCAGCCGGGAAGUCUGUCAGUUUCUGUCUUUUUCUGAGAUUCUCCGUCGCCGUUGUUUAUACGCCUGUGUUUUCUUUUGCCACGAGGCUUUGUAAAAAUAGGCAUCAUCCCGUAUGUAAGCGCGACAGUAAAGUCAAAGGAGACUGUAAGGUUGUCGGACUUCGAACUGCAUCAUGUUCAGCUGGCUUGGGAAGGAUGACAGGAGGAAAAGGGAUCCUGAGGUCUUUCAAACCGUCAGUGAUGGACUCAGAAAGCUCUACAAAACCAAGCUACUGCCCCUAGAAGAACACUACAAAUUCCACGAGUUUCACUCGCCCGCUUUAGAAGAUGCCGAUUUUGACAAUAAGCCCAUGGUGCUCCUCGUGGGACAGUAUUCCACGGGGAAAACAAGCUUCAUACGAUACCUCCUGGAGCAGGACUUUCCAGGCAUGCGAAUAGGCCCAGAGCCCACUACAGACUCCUUCAUCGCUGUAAUGCAUGGAGACAUUGAAGGGCUCAUACCAGGAAAUGCUUUGGUAGUGGAUCCUAAAAAGCCUUUUCGCAAACUUAAUGCUUUCGGCAAUGCAUUCCUCAACAGAUUUGUGUGUGCCCAGCUGCCCAACCCUGUUCUGGAGAGCAUAAGUGUGAUUGAUACUCCAGGGAUCCUGUCUGGAGAGAAGCAGAGAAUCAGCAGAGGCUAUGACUUUGCUGCUGUGCUGGAGUGGUUCGCUGAGCGUGUCGACCGCAUCAUCCUGCUCUUCGAUGCCCACAAGCUGGACAUUUCAGAUGAGUUCUCUGAGGUGAUCCGUGCCCUGAAGAACCAUGAGGACAAGAUUCGGGUGGUGCUCAACAAAGCUGACCAGAUUGAAACCCAGCAGCUGAUGCGUGUGUAUGGCGCCCUCAUGUGGUCAUUGGGCAAGAUCGUGAACACACCCGAGGUGGUCCGUGUCUACAUUGGAUCCUUCUGGUCUCACCCCCUGCUCAUCCCCGACAACCGCAGGCUGUUCGAGGCUGAGGAGCAGGACCUAUUCAAGGACAUCCAGUCACUGCCUCGCAAUGCUGCCCUCCGUAAACUCAAUGACCUCAUCAAGAGGGCCAGGCUUGCCAAGGUCCAUGCCUACAUCAUCAGCUCUUUGAAGAAAGAGAUGCCCUCAGUCUUUGGGAAAGAGAACAAAAAGAAAGAACUGAUCAAUAGUCUAGGAGAGAUCUACAGCCGCAUUGAGCGGGAGCAUCAGAUUUCUCCUGGUGACUUCCCAAACCUCAAAAAAAUGCAGGAGCAGUUGCAGGCGCACGACCUGAACAAGUUUCAGCCGCUGAAGAUAAAGUUGCUGGAUGCUGUGGAUGACAUGCUGGCCCAUGACAUCGCCCAGCUCAUGAUCUUGGUACGGCAGGAGGAAACACAGCGGCCCAACCAGGUUGUAAAAGGUGGUGCUUUCGAGGGCACCAUGAAUGGCCCCUUUGGCCAUGGCUACGGUGAAGGUGCUGGUGAAGGCAUCGAUGAGGUAGAGUGGGUGGUGGCCCGUGACAAGCCUAUGUACGAUGAGAUCUUCUACACCCUCUCUCCUGUCAACGGCAAGGUGACCGGUGCCAAUGCCAAGAAAGAGAUGGUGAAGUCCAAGCUGCCCAACACAGUUUUGGGCAAAAUUUGGAAGCUGGCUGACAUUGACAAGGACGGCAUGCUGGACGAUGAGGAGUUUGCUCUGGCCAACCACCUCAUUAAGGUGAAAUUGGAAGGACACGAGCUACCCAGUGAGCUCCCAGGUCAUCUGGUGCCACCUUCCAAGAGAAAAUUACCAGAGUAGAGCAGAGCAGCAUUGGAGUGUGUGGGUGCAGGGAAAAUGAGAGUUUAGGAAUUCACACUUUAAAAAUUGCAUGGAGAAUAAAGAUGGACAAAAUUACGUCAAUAAGAUAGGGUGACUGCUCUAAAAUUAGUUAUGUCUUGGAUUGGAUUGAAAUAUGUCACUAGCUCUUUGACCUAUGUAUGUUUGAGGGUUUUUUUUGUUUUGAUGUUGUUAAUGUUUGGGGAUUUUUUAAACAAAAUCAUACUUGUGCAGGGUUUGUUUAAUGAUUCCAGUUUAUGAAUACUUAAAAAAUCCAUGAUGUCACAUAUAUUGCUUUUCUGUUGAACAACCACAGCUAACAAUAAAACAAGCGUAACCAUUAUACCUUAUUAUUACACCUUAAGCCAUUUAGUUCAAUACAAUCUGUCUCAGAAAACUUGACAUAUUUAAGAAAAUUGAACAAAGUCGAUCUCAGUCUUAAUUAUUCUCAUAUCAGUAGUUAUCCUAAAUACAGUUAUAUACUUAAAAUGAUGAGAAAAUGAUGAGAACUCUUUUAUAAGUAGGUGUAGAAUUAUUCUUGUGAAGGCAGCAUCAUAAUAAAUGCAAGGCCUUUCUAGCCCGACCAAGAGACUGUUAAUGCUGUACAGCUAUCAUGUCUGGGAGCUGCUGGACUUCUCUGUGUUUAAUGUGUAGAUGGUCCUAUAGACACAGUACCAUUUGAGUAAUCUAUUGUACAUGCUAAUUCUGAUGUAAACUUUUGAGCGUUUAGAAUAAAUAAUCAAUUCCAGAUUAAUUUUCAAAGCACUGACAUCAAUAUUUCAGUUGUGUUGUUAUUAUUGUUAUUUUUAUUGGGGAACUGACCUGGUUUUGCCCAUGUUCAUUUUUUGCAUAGUUAUAGAAACUCAGAAUGUCACAAAUUGCAUUUAGCCAUUUAACUGCAAAUCAUUAAUACAGUUGUUAAGCUCACACCUACAUAGUAUUAAACUAGUUUCUGCUCUCAGAUGCACACACAGUGUCAGGUUUUUGUUGUUUUUAUUAACUGUUUUAGCCUGUUAUUUUGCGACCUGUGCUAUUCCAUAAUAAUGUGCAGGUUUUAGAUUUUGGCCACUGGAACCAACUGACAAAAAUAUUGGAAUUAAUGGAACACUUCUAAUCCACUAAACCAAAUUUAUUCAAAUGGGUCAGAUUUUUUUUUUUUUUUUUUUUUUUUGACAGUAAGGUCAAAAGUGAAUGUCUUUUGAAAUGAAAGUCAUAAGGGUGAGAAUAAUACCACUGACAAUGUUAUUUGGGUGUGGUUUACAACCAUUUGCAUUAAUAAACACAUGCCUCCAUGCAGAAAUGUUGUGUUCUGGUAUUUUCUGAAGUUAUUAUUCAGAAAGCUAAUAACAUGAGGCAAAAAAGGGGAAAAAUGUCACUUCACCUGGUCUGUAUUGUUUUCUUAGUGUGUGUGUGUGAGAGAGAGAGAGUUUGUGCUCACACUGUUCAUGUUCAGAAUGUGUCCAGGCAUGCCUGUGAGGGUAUAUUAUAUAUGUUUGUGAUGAGCUAUAGUUGUAAGGUUAGUACUUUAAGACAUGGUCUACAGACAAAUGUUGCUUUUGUGUUGUGCCAGUGUUGAAAAAGUGAUGAAACAUUGUACUUUCAUGGGGAGGUUGGGGAACCUUAAACAACUACAAUAAAACUUGAUUCAUUCUAGAUCCA